AUGUCGCAACCGUUUGCCCUGCGGAGUCCCCUUUCUGUGGUGUUUCUGCUGCACAUUGCGCUCGAUGUCCCCAUGGCCGUGCAGGGCCUCCUGUCGCCAGCGAGCCUGCCCUUUCUCCAGCUGAACAACACCACACUCGUGUUCAUUAAGCUGUAUGCCGCGCUCGUCGCAGGCAUCUGCGUCGCGGCUCUGCUUUGCUACCCUCUCCCAGACUUCCUCCCCGGCAAGCGCGCGUUCGCGAUGGCGCUCUGUAUCUACCACGUCACCUGCUCGACUAUCCUCUUCAACGCGCCGCGCAUCGUCCCGAUGUCGUUCGGCGCGCUCGCUGAGUCGUACAAGGUCACGCCGGAAAUCGUGUGGGGCAUCCUGCACGGCUGCGUCGGCCUCGCGAUGGCCGUGUGGUGGCAGGCGACGGUGCACUACGCGCAGCUUGCUGCUGCACGCAAGACGCAGUAG